GCGGUGCAUUUUGCGGCAGGCACAAAACACCAGUGCAAAAAGUCUGAAAUCGCGCCAUUAUUAUCGGAUUAUGGAAUCUAUCUGAUAAUUAAAGCUAAUAUUAAUGCUCCACGCCGCGGGGAGGAGACCAACUAAGUUGGGAAAAUGGCCAGCACCAUGGUGGCCGUGGGCAUUGCUUUGGCAGCAGCAGGAUUUGCAGGCCGCUACGCAGUGCGAGCCAUGAAGCAGAUGGAGCCCCAAGUUAAACAAGCUCUUCAGGCUUUUCCCAAAACUGCGUUUGGAAGCGGCUACUACAGAGGAGGGUUUGAACCAAAGAUGACGAAGAGAGAAGCAUCUCUAAUUCUCGGAGUCAGCCCCACUGCCAACAAAAACAAGAUUAGAGAAGCUCACAGAAAGCUAAUGAUUUUAAAUCAUCCAGACCGAGGUGGAUCUCCAUAUCUUGCAGCAAAAAUAAAUGAAGCUAAAGAUCUACUUGAUGGACAAGCCAAGAAAUAGUUUCACACAUUCACUGAUCGAGCCCUGUCUGAUACACUUGAGUUCUCUGACCAUUAAAAUCAUUUAUUGUA